AUGCCUCAGACUUCGCGGUUGGAGCAGUGCUGGUCAGAAGGUGACAAGAAGAUGAACGUCAUCUACUACGCAAGUAGAACGCUAGAUGAUGCUCAAACCCGUUAUGCGACGACCGAGAAAGAAUUGCUUGCCGUAGUGUUUGCUUUUGAUAAGUUCAGGAGCUACAUUGUGGGAUCAAAGGUCAUAGUUCACACCGAUCACGCAGCUCUCAAGUAUCUCUACACCAAGAAAGAUGCUAAACCGAGGCUGAUAAGAUGGGUUCUCUUGCUUCAAGAGUUCGAUAUCGAGAUCGUCGACAAGAAAGGCACCGAGAAUAGCGUGGCCGAUCAUCUAUCGAGAUUGAGGAUUGAGGGAGAUGUUCCCAUCGAUGACUCUUUGCCAGAGGAGCAACUCAUGGCUGCUAAGAUCGUGGAUAGAGGCUAUUUGACCAAGUGCCGGCUGGAGGAAGCAAGAAUAGCAAGAGGAGAAGAGGUUCCAUGGUACGCAGACUUUGUGAACUACUUAGUGUGCAGGGAAGUUCCAAGUGGAUGGAGUGGUUAUCAGAGAAAGAAGUUCUUCAAAGAUGUGGUUCACUACUACUGGGAUGAACCUAUUUGUUCAGAAAAGGGAAUGAUAACUUGUUCAGAAGAUGUGUGGCUAAAGAGGAAGUUGAGGGAAUCUUGUUCCAUUGCCACGGGUCAAGCUAUGGAGGCCAUUUUGCGGUUUUUAAAACGGUCCAGAAGGUGUUGCAAGCAGGUUUUUGGUGGCCAAAUUUUGUUGGUCCAUUCAACCCUGCCUCUCACGGCAACUUACAUUCUAGUCGCCGUUGACUAUGUCUCAAAAUGGGUGAAGCAUAGCCGCACCAACCAACGAUGCCAAAGUGGUCCUCAAGCUGUUCAAGACUAUAAUCUUUCCCAAGGAUGUGUGAUCAGUGAUGGAGGAUCUCACUUUGUGAACAAGAACUGCUUACAAAACGCCAUUGGGAGAUCUCCAUACUCUUUGAUCUAUGGGAAGUCUUGCCAUUUACCUCUUGAGCUGGAAUAUAGAGCUAGAUGGGCAAUUAAGUUCCUAAACAUGGAGCUAAGUACAGCUCAGGAGAAGAGGGAAAUGGACCUCCACGAGCUAGAGGAGAUUCGCUUGGAUGCUUAUGAGAGUUCUCGAAUAUACAAGGAGAGAACUAAGGCCUUCCAUGACAAGAGAAUCACUCCCAAGGUUUUCAAGGAGGGAGAUGAUGUGCUCCUCUACAACUCAAGGCUCAAGCUAUUCCCUGGGAAGCUUAAGUGUCGCUGGUCAGGACCAUUCAAGUCAAGGAAGUGUUGCCUUAUGGAGCCAUCACCCUAG